AACAUUACGAAGACUCCCAUCAGAUAAGGUUGUUUAUGUGAGUGCUUCUAUUUUUUAAACUUAGUACUGCAAGAAUUGCUUAGAAUUUAGAGCAUCACAGUGCAAGGACACACCUGACGUUCCAGAUGAAGUGCAAAGAAACUGAUAUUUCUGGUUGGGGAUUUUAAGGUCUGCAUUAUGACUGGUAUUUUUUCAGCAGAAUAUUUCCAGCAAGCAAAGAACAUUUGUUGCACCUGACAAAGAACCAAGUGAACCAAAACUGUGACAGUUAGACUAUUGUGAUUUCCAAGCUGUGCUACCGUUGGGAGUCAUUCUAACUAGAGUCAUGCCUGUGGUUAAAGUGGAGAGCGAUUCUCCCUCUGAAACCACUCUUCCGGUGAAUGACAGUCAGAGAGCAGAGCCGCAAAGAGGACGCCGGAGGAAGAGGCCCCUUCAGCGAGGCAAACCACCAUACAGCUACAUCGCCCUGAUCUCCAUGGCCAUUGCCAACUCGCCUGACCGCAAACUCACUCUGGGAGGGAUCUACAAGUUCAUCACAGAGAGGUUUCCUUUCUAUCGUGACAACUCCAAGAAAUGGCAGAAUUCCAUCCGCCAUAAUCUGACCCUCAACGACUGUUUCAUCAAGAUCCCCCGCGAGCCCGGAAGACCUGGAAAAGGCAACUAUUGGGCACUGGACCCCAAUGCCGAAGACAUGUUUGAGAGUGGAAGCUUUCUGCGACGGCGAAAGCGGUUCAAACGCAGUGACUUCACUACAUAUUCAUCGUACGUUCAUGAGUCUCCCGUCUUCUCGCCAGUCCAGAUUGCGCGCUCAGCCUACGCCAACUCAGUCUACUCCAACAUGGCCAUGAGUCCGCCAUAUGCACAACAGCUGCCUUCUGCCUACUACCAGUCCUCCUCUCCUAGCUUCAGUGCUGGUCAGUCCAGGGUCUUCAGAAUCAACUCUCUCAUUGGGUCACCUGGCAGGAUGGGCCAAAGUGCAGAGAUGAUGCCUCAGCAGUCUUGCCGCAGUUUCAGUCCUGAGAGUGGCUCCUGCAGUUUGGGAGGACCGGGAUUCCAGCAUCAGUCCUGCAGCGGGGAGACAGUGCUGUCGUAUUGCUCAAGCUCCUCAAACAACAUGGCCUUUGCCUACUCCAGCCCAGGACACGGACAGACUCAGGUAUCAUAUCCACAAGGCAGCACCCAGGCCUACGGGCCAACAGGGAGGGUGGCUAUCUCCAGUUUGUCUCCCAUUGCUGGUGAUGCUGUGGGGGACCCCUAUGGUAGAACCUCCCCUGCACAGCUGGGCUCUUUUUUUCAGUACAAUAAUUCUGGUCCAGUUGGUAGCUCAGGAGCCUACAUCAGGCAUCCUGCUUACUCGGGUAACAUGGACAGGUUUGUGACUGCCACCUAAACAAGUUCAUGGAUGAUUAUUAUCCAUUGUCAGAACGUGGGCGCACAAGAACCUUUGGAGAGACUAUUUUAGUAAAUAUGAAAAACAACUGUGAUAUUUAAACUGAUGUUAUUGUUUUAUUGUGAUUCCAUCAGUUGAGUAAAUGGAAAUUUCAGUUAUCUCAAUUUACACAUAUACAGCCUUUUCCUUUUACAACAUUUUAAAAACAAGUUAAAAAACAAAUGUUUACAAAGUUAACUUUUCUCUUUUCUUUUCUUUCUUUUUUUAAUUAUUUGAGUGAAAUGUGUUCAUAUGCUUUGUAUACGCUUUUCUUAUAAUU